GCCACGAUGCCGAUCUGGGUGGUUCUGCUCUCGCGGAUCAUCAUGAAGGAGAAGCAGACGACGAAGGUGUACUUGUCUCUGAUCCCCAUAAUAACAGGUGUCCUGCUGGCCACUGUCACAGAACUGUCCUUUGACAUGUGGGGACUCAUCAGUGCCCUUGCUGCCACUUUGUGUUUUUCCCUUCAGAACAUCUUCUCAAAGAAGGUGUUGAGGGAUUCCCGCAUACAUCAUCUGCGGUUGCUGAACAUCCUGGGGUGCCACGCUGUGUUCUUCAUGAUCCCAACGUGGGUCUUGGUCGAUCUGUCUUCCUUCCUGGUGGAGAAUGACCUGAGCACAAUGUCCCAUUGGUCCUGGACCUUGAUGCUGCUUAUAAUCAGUGGAUUCUGUAAUUUUGCCCAGAAUGUCAUUGCCUUCAGUAUCCUCAACCUGAUCAGCCCCCUCAGCUACUCUGUCGCCAACGCCACGAAGCGCAUCAUGGUCAUCACCGUGUCCCUCCUGAUGCUCCGCAACCCCGUGACGAGCACCAACGUCCUGGGGAUGAUGACAGCUAUCUUAGGGGUCUUCCUCUAUAACAAGACAAAAUACGAUGCAAACCAAGAAGCAAAGAAGCAGCUCCUUCCAGUGACAACUGGAGACCUGGCGAACCUGGACCGACACCGGAGCCCCCCCGAGAAGUCUCAGAACGGGCUGGCAGCCUUUGCACAGCACCCAGACUGUCAGUAUGCUCGAACCAAUAUCCUAACAGACCACUUCCAGUACAGCAGGCAGAACUACCCCACUGCCUACAACUUAAACCGUUUUGAUAUCUAG